CAGUCAAUCUGACUGAAAGCAGAAAUGAAGAAGAAUCAGCUGGACAGAGAAACUUUCUCCUGUUCCAUCUGUCUGGAUCUACUGAAGGAUCCGGUGACUACUUCCUGUGGACACAGCUACUGUGUGAAGUGUAUUAAAACCCACUGGGAUGCAGAGGAUCAGAAGGGAAUCCACAGCUGCCCUCAGUGCAGGGAGACAUUCACACCCAGGCCUGUCCUAAAGAAGAACACCAUGCUAGCAGCUUUAGUGGAGCAGAUGAAGAAGACUGGACUCCAAGCUGCUGCUGCUGACCAUUGCUAUGCUGGACCUGAAGAUGUGGCCUGUGAUUUCUGCACUGGAAGAAAACUGAAAGCCUCUUACUGUGAGAAACACCUUCAGCCUCAUUAUGAUGUGGCUCCUUUAAAGAAACACAAGCUGGUGGAGCCGACAAAGAACCUCCAGGAGAACAUCUGCUCUAAGCAUGAUGAGGUGAUGAAGAUUUUCUGUCGUACAGAUCAGAAGUGUAUUUGUAGUCUGUCUUUAAUAUAUGAACAUAAAGGUCAUGACUCAGUGUCAGCUGCAACAGAAAGGACUGAGAAGCAGAAAGAGCUGGAGGAGAGACGAGGAAACAUACAGCAGAGAAUCCAGGACAGAGAGAAAGAUGUGAAGCUGCUUCAACAGGAGGUGGAGGCCAUCAAUCACUCUGCUGAUAAAACAGUGGAGGACAGUGAGAAAAUCUUCACCCAGCUGAUUCGUCUCCUCCAGAAAAGAAGCUCUGAUGUGAAGCAGCAGAUCAGAUCCCAGCAGGAAACUGAAGUGAGUCGAGUCAAAGAUGUUCAGGAGAAGCUGGAGCAGGAGAUCAGUGAGCUGAAGAGGAAAGACGCUGAGCUGGAGCAGCUCUCACACACAGAGGAUCACAACCAGUUUCUCCUCAACUACCCCUCACUGCCAGCACUCAGGGAGUCGACACACUCAUCCAGCAUCAACAUCCGUCCUCUGAGACACUUUGAGGACGUGACAGCAGCUGUGUCAGAGCUCAGAGACAAACUACAGGACGUCCUGAGAGACUCAUGGACAAACAUCUCACUGAAAAUCACUGAGGUGGAUGUUCUACUGUCAGAACCAGAACCAAAGAGCAGAGCUGGGUUCUUAAAGUAUUCAUGUGAAAUCACACUGGAUCCAAAUACAGUAAACACAGAGCUGGGACUAUCAGAGGGGAACAGGAAGGUGAAGGUGAUGAAUCAACAUCAGUCUUAUUCUAGUCAUCCAGACAGAUUCACUACUUGGCUUCAGGUUUUGAGUAGAGAGAGUAUGACUGGACGAUGUUACUGGGAGGUGGAGUGGAGCGGAGCACGGGUUUAUAUAGCCAUUGCAUACAAGAACAUCAGCAGAGCAGGAAUUGGCUAUGAAUGUGUGUUAGGACAUAAUGACAAAUCUUGGGCUUUAGUGUGUCGACAAAACAGUUUAAUUUUUUAUCACAACAACAUCUGGACCUCCAUCUCAGGUCCAGGUUCCUCCAGAGUAGGAGUGUUCCUGGAUCACACAGCAGGUCUUCUGUCCUUCUACAGAGUCUCUGAAACCAUGACUCUCCUCCACAGAGUCCAGACCACAUUCACUCAGCCGCUGCUGGCUGGAGUUUGGGUUGAGAACAUUGGAGACUCUGCAGAGUUCUGUAAACUAAAAUAGAUUUCCUCUCUUCUCUCUGAUUGUUGAUCAGGUUCUUGGUUUCUGAUGUCUCUGCUCUGCUGUUCUGUUCUU